GCGCGUGCGCGUUGCUGGGCGGCGGGGAACUGCCGGGCCUGGGGCGGCCUCGCUUCGGCUCCGGCUACUGCCCCGUGCCCCGGCCGGCGGGGCGCGGAGGGUGGCUCCGCUCGGCCGCCGCUCCCGGCCGCCGCUCCCGGCCUUCCCGCAGCUUAACCCCGGGUCGCCGUAUGGAGAAGGGCCCGCGGAACGCCAUCGUCUUCAACGCGUCCAAGGGGGAGGCUUUCACUCUCACCGGCAGCUACAAGGCCUGGCGCAAAAGGCUGCGGGGGAACUGGAGGAUCCUGAGCUUAAAAGAUGAGAUCACAUCUGAGAAACUGUUUGGGGUGAAACUGUGGAUAACGGCUGGUCCAAGAGAAAAGUUCAGUGCUGCUGAGUUUUUGGUUCUGAAGAAAUUCCUGGAGGAUGGUGGAGCCAUCCUGGUGAUGCUAAGAGAAGGCGGAGAGUCCCGAUCUGGCACAAAUAUUAACUUUUUGUUAGAAGAAUAUGGAAUUGUUUUCAAUAAUGAUGCUGUUGUACGAAAUGUAUAUUACAAGUACCACCACCCAAAAGAAGCUCUUAUCUCUGAUGGAGUUUUGAAUAGGGGAAUCAGUGAAGCUGCAAGAAAAACAGCACUUGAGACAACAGAUGAAGAUGGAAGCAGACACGACUUGCAAGCUCUCACUUUUGUGUAUCCGUUUGGUGCCACGUUGAAUGUGAUGAAGCCAGCGGUGGCUGUUUUGUCAACAGGAUCUGUCUGCUUCCCGCUCAACAGGCCUAUUCUUGCUUUCUAUCAGCAUGAGAGUCAAGGUGGAAAGAUGGCAGCAUUGGGAUCUUGCCACAUGUUCAGUGACCAAUAUUUAGAUAAAGAAGAAAACGGUAAGAUCAUGGACGUGCUUUUCCAAUGGCUCACAACAUCAGAUAUCCAUUUAAACCAGAUGGAUAUGGAGGACCCUGAGAUUUCAGACUAUACCAUGCUCCCAGAUACAGCUGCGCUGUCUGAACAACUGCGAGUCUGUCUGCAAGAAGGAGAUGAGAACCCGAGAGACUUCACAAAGCUGUUUGAUACAUCCCUUUAUCAGCUGGAUACAACUGCCCUCCCUGCAGUUAUCAAAGCUUAUGAACAGCUGAAUGUGAAGCAUGAACCUCUCCAACUUAUUCAGCCUCAAUUUGAGACUCCACUACCCGUCCUCCAGCCAGCUGUUUUUCCACCUGCUUUCAGAGAGUUGCCUCCUCCCCCUCUGGAGCUGUUUGACUUGGAUGAAACCUUUUCAUCUGAGAAAGCUCGUCUUGCAGAGAUUACAAACAAAUGUACUGAUGAUGACCUGGAGUUUUAUAUACGAAAAUGUGGCGAUAUCCUAGGAGUAACAAGUAAACUCCCAAAGGAGAAGCAAGAUGCCAAAAAUAUUCUGGAGCACAUCUUCUUCCAAGUGGUUGAGUUUAAGAAACUGAAUCAGGAACAUGAUACUGACACAAGUGAAGCUGGAUUCCAGAAUGGGAACUGAGACCUGGCUUUCCUCCGAUUGAGAUAGAUCUAGUACAAACGUGCUUAUCACCUUUCUUCAACCUCUGUGUUCAGCGCAUUGAUUGGACUGUCUCGGUAGUUCACUGAAUGUUUGGAUCAGUUCUGUGUGGUAGUUUGGACAACUAAUGCCUUUUGAGGAGGUGUUUGUAUUUUACAAGCACUUUCCAAGUAAUUCCUUAUUUUUCUACUUCUUUAUUUAAACUGUAAUUUUGUAAUAUAUAUAUAUAUAUAUAUAUAUAUAUAAAAAUCUUGUGCUAAGAACAUAGUUUUGGUCCUUCUUUUAUUUUUUUUUUUUUGUAGCAGGGCUUGCUGUGGGUUCUUUUGGUGUACAUGUAGCCAUUAGUUGCACUGUGGGGAAAGUUUGUUGGUUUGACUUGUGAACUGGAGAAGAAAAUACAGCCAUAAAUUCAGGAGAUGGUGAAAAGAUGCUGCUCUGUCACCCCGUGGCAGUCACCUUUUGGCUUUCUGCCAAAGUCAGCCAAGAGGAGGUGGGUUUGUUACUGUGGGAGGAAAAUACUUCUUGCCAGGGAGGGGAGGACUUGAAAUUCAGCACUGAUGACAUUGCUGCACAUCACUGCCUCAUACAAGGUUGGAAAAACAUCAUGAAAAGGAGGGACAGUGUUUGAAUUAAAAAGGCUUUAAGAUUUGACGGCUCACUAUCACAAAAGUGUGAUACUGUGCAGAAAACUCAGGAAUAUUUUUACUUAAAAUUAUUCCCAGAGACAGUGAGCCAGGUAUUGCAUAAAAAUGGAAACUCAAGUGAAAUUCAUUGACCAUGCCAUGUUGAAGCUCAGUGCACGGCAAAAAUAGAGCCAAGGGUAUGAGUGGUGAGAGGAACAGACUUGUCAAUAUUAUUAACACCAAAUGUCUUCGUUGCUAAAGUUUUUUUUCUAUCAACACUGUGAGAUUGCCCUUUGGCAUCCAAAAAAAAUUGUAUUUAAUCUGAACCCAAACUGUGAAACUUGAAUUUUUCCUCCACUCAGGCUUUCCAUGCAACUUUUGUGAGUCUGUGCCUUAUAUUGCUCUGCCAUGUUUUUUAAUGUCAAAGCUGCUUUUUUUUUUUUCCGAGAAGAUAUGUACAUCUUUUUUUCCCCUUAAAACCCACACUUACAUUUUACAUUCUUUCAUGUUUUGGAUGCCAACGUGGUACAGACGUUCCUAGAGCAGGUUCCCCAAAGCAUCUACUCAGUCAUUAAUGAGUUGAGAUGUGCCAGUGUAAUAUUGACAGAAGUGGUUGUAUCUCUGCAUACUUUGCAGACAUUCCUUUGUCAAAACAGCAUGUUUGAAAUUUUUCAUUUCUUCCUCUUUCAUUUAUUUUUCUUUAGUGACAUGGUUGUGCUUUUCACACACAGCAGCACUGUGUACAUUCCAGCUACAGAUUUACAUAAUAAGCUUUAUCUUUCCCCUACAGUAUCAAUACCAACCAGUCAACCGGCACAGACUGCAGUUGAACCAAACAACUGUGAUCUUCUUGCUAAUUAUAGAUCUGGUUUGUACUGUUCUUUGGUGUUUAGACUUCGAACUGUAAAUACAUUCUCUCUCUGUGUCCCUUUUCAGAGUUGUUUUGUCACCUCUUCCUGAUGUUGUAACACGUUUUUUUUAGAAAAAAGUCAUCUGAGCAGCCAGAGAAGACAAGCAACUCCCUGUUUA